CCACUCUGCAGCUCUCUCACAUCCACAGCUCUCACUUUGACAUCGGGAAGGAUUUUUGAAGUUACCCACCCAUCACUGUCUCUCCAGGAAGACUUGACAUCCGUUCUGUUGCCUUGCUCUUUUCGGGACUAACACCAUGUGGAGAUUAGAUGCGGUUCGGCAGUUUAAUUUGCUCAGCUGGCUCAGAGAGGAGAGAAGAUCGAGGAAACUGAGCCUCUUCAUCGUGUUCAUCGCUCUGCUGCUGGACAACAUGCUGCUGACUGUAGUCGUUCCCAUAAUCCCCAGCUACCUGUACAGCCUGGAUGAGUCGGCAGAGAUGGCAUUGAAGAACCACACCCUGACACAGCAGGCUCCAGCGGGGGCCUUCCACAGCAUCGUGUCCUUAUAUGACAACACGGUGAGGACCGCGGGCCCCAACACCACAGUCAGCUCUACGGACCCCCCCCCUGCUCCAGAGCUGCCACAGAACUCCUCCGAAUGCCCCCAGUCCAGCAGCACGCUGCUCAAUGAGAAUGUGAAAGUGGGACUGCUGUUUGCCUCCAAGGCCACCGUGCAGCUACUGGUCAACCCCUUCAUCGGGCCCCUCACCAACAGAGUAGGAUACCAACUUCCCUUAUUCGCUGGCUUCUGUAUCAUGUUCAUGUCUACAAUCAUGUUUGCCUUCUCGUCGAGCUACGCUCUGCUGUUUGUGGCCCGAUCACUGCAGGGUGUCGGCUCCUCCUGCUCCUCUGUGGCCGGUAUGGGAAUGCUUGCGAGUGUGUACACAGAUGAUGAGGAGAGAAGUCGCGCCAUCGGAAUCGCCCUGGGGGGUCUUGCAAUGGGGGUGCUAAUUGGCCCCCCCUUCGGCAGUGUGAUGUACGAGUUUGUGGGGAAGACCGCUCCUUUCCUCAUUCUGGCCAGCCUGGCUUUGUUUGAUGGAGCUCUGCAGCUCUUUGUUCUACAGCCCUGCAAGGUGGCCCCAGAGAGUCAGAAGGGGACCUCGCUGUUAACACUGAUGAAAGAUCCAUACAUCCUAAUCGCAGCUGGUGCCAUUUGCUUUGGAAAUAUGGCCAUUGCCAUGAUGGAGCCGACCCUGCCGAUCUGGAUGAUGGAGACCAUGUGUUCCAAGAAAUGGCAGCUAGGCGUCGCUUUCUUACCAGCAUCCGUCUCCUACCUUAUUGGAACCUACAUCUUCGGCAUCUUGGCGCUCAAGAUGGGGAGAUGGCUUUGUGCUCUCAUUGGAAUAACAGUGGUUGGAAUCAGCGUAAUAUGUGUUUCAUUUGCCAAAAACAUCUAUGGUCUGAUUCUUCCUAACUUUGGAAUUGGGUUUGCUAUCGGUAAGUCUGCUAAAUUUAGAAUUACAAAGUUACAAAGUAGUAUUCUCCCCGCUUUGUGUGUUAGACCUUUAUUGUGGUGUGUUACAGGCAUGGUGGACUCGUCUAUGAUGCCUAUUAUGGGUUACCUGGUGGACCUGCGGCAUGUGUCUGUCUACGGAAGUGUGUAUGCUAUUGCUGAUGUGGCUUUCUGCAUGGGAUUUGCUUUAGGUCCGUCUAUCGGCGGAGUCUUGUCUGAGAGCAUCGGCUUCCCCUGGAUGAUGAUCAUCAUUGGCAUAGUGGAUAUUCUCUAUGCUCCUCUUUGCAUCUUCCUCAGGAAUCCACCGGCACAAGAAGAGAAAAUUGCUAUUUUGAUGGACACCAACUGCUCAAUGAAGACACGGUCCUACUCCACACAGGGGACGUACUAUCAGGGCGACAACAUGGAUCCAGAAUAUGAGGAUUAUGAUUAACAGGACACCAGCCAUGCAGGUUAACCCUUCAGAGGAUUUAUUUUGUUGUACAAAAAAAGUAACAGAAGAAACAAAAACAGCAAUGAAACAAACAGCCAAGAUAUUUCUGUGUGAAUGUCCCGCGUUCAGUCUGGUUUGUGUCCUCUUAGCAGUUGUACAGGAGCAAACCAAAGUUAUUCUUGAUCUGUGGUUGCAAGCGCAUUGUGUGAGAGAUAUUUUUUUAGCCAAAAGCCUUAUUCAGUAGAGAGAUGUGUCAAAAAGCACUUUUUAGGUAGUAGAAGGGUGCUGAGCAACAAGUACGCUUUGCUGGUUUAUUUUGGAUACAAAUAUGUGUUCAUUUAUGUGUAAGCCAUUAAAAGUUGUGUUUGUAUCUGCUGUACGUCCAUGAUGCUGUCUAGAGUAUUAUAACCAGACCUUUUGCAAGUUGGUAUUAUAUUGGGUAAUUGUGUGGUAUGUCAAGAAACUGUUGUUUGUCUAAAGUCAGGAACAAUUGUUGGUCUAUGGUCCAUGUUUGCAUUGAUGCAGUUACUACCAACUGUGUAGGGAAUAUAGAUUCAUGAUAUCCUCCUUAGAACCGAACCUACAGAACCGUGCGUUAUAGCAACAUCAGAGAAAGUAAGCUGCUGUUCACCCUGCUUUUUUAUUUAAUGAAUCAUUAAUACUGUAAAUACCCCAAAAGUUGACUUUAUUUACCUCAGUGGCAGGGAGAAUAAGUCCCACAGGAAAUUAGGAAAAAGUUCUGUCAUUAAUAAGAUGGUGCAGGUAUAAGUCCUUAAACUUGUAAAUAAGUUUGCAAUUGACCACUUCCAGUACCCUGGUCUCUGUAGUCAAUGUUUUUUCGUAACGUUUUAUUGGUUAGAUUGAAAUAAGGUCAAGGUAAAGAGAUUCUUCAUUUGGUUCUUUAAAAUAAAACACAUCAGUAAAUACUCCACUGAUGAAUGUCUGAAGCUUCCAUGUGUCAUAAAAACAGCAGUUGCUAAAAUGUGACGAAACUUCACCACACUAAAGAUGGCCGCCUUUAGCUUAGCGGUGGUGAACGGGGCCCUGCGACAGUGAUGGAUUUUGUUUAUAGCCUAACUUUAGCAAUUUAGAGUCAUGCACUGAUCUAUUAUUUUUUAACAGAAAAACAGUUUUUGCUGGAGUGAGAAUGAAACUCAGCACUUGAAACUCGACCUGCAGAGUUUUCACAUUUCCCGCCUUCCUUAUAUAGUUCAGCUCAAGAGAAAUUGACAAUAGCUUAACAUUAAUGGGAAAAACUGGAACGGUGGAAUUCAUUUUUUGAAUGAAAACAGUACAUCUGUUAGAAAAGACCAAUCUAGGCAAGGCAAGGCAAGUUUAUUUAUAUAGCACCUUUCAACACAAGGCAAUUCAAGGUGCUUUACAAAAAUGAAAGACAUUCAGACAAAGGCAUUUAAAAACAGUAAAAGAUAAUAAAAGAAACAUUAAAAGAAAAAAUACAUAAAUAAAAAGUUACAGUGCAGUGCAGUGCAAUCUAGAGGAUCAAAGUUGACAUUAUACUAGAUUCAUCAUGUGGGUUUUAAUUAAGGCCCUUGUUCAUCAACCUACAGAGAGACUCAACAUGUGUGUCCAUCUGAGAGGAGGAUCUAAUGAGAAAUAAAUAAAGAGAAAAAGUAUGAAAAUAGGAAACAAUGUGCACAUCAAAUGUAUGCUUUUCAUCUGGUAUUACACCUACAAUUUGGCUAAUUUAAAUAAACUGAAAGACACAAUAUUUCACAAUAACUCAAUUGUUGCUUUAGGCCUUCAAUUGCUAUACAUGUAUUUCCGUGUGAAAGGCAAGGCCCCAUCCCACACCCUAUCAAACUGAAAGCCCCAGCAAGUAGGUAUCCUAAUACUACUCUCAGGAUUAGCCCCCAUAGCAUAACUAUCUCGUGACCGGACGUGACGAAGUGGAUUGGAGGCGGGGCUUAAGGAAAAUGCGAGUGCACUUGCUCUAUGAGCCCAGAUCCCCGGCUGAUCUGAUGUUGUUGUUCUCCAGAGGAAGGCCAUUUUGGCUUCAUGCGCAAUUGAGCAACUUUCAUAGUUAUGUAGGGGGCCCCGCCUCCAACGCUGUAUAUCUUUGUACAUCCAGAGUGGCUACAUAACAACAAACUGUGAGCGGAGACAGGCAGUUCCUCUGGGCUGCCUCGUUCAGAACACAUGAUCCAACAAACUAUUCAGAUAGGACUCUCCUUCCUAUGGCUCAUUCAAAAAUAUGAUAUAUAUUUCUCGUCUCUGUGAUGCUAAUUCCCAGGAACUUUACCCUGUUACUGGCUCCCCCUCAGCGUGACUGAGGUAAACAGCAGUGUGUCUCCACCUUAUUUUAAUAAAAGGGGCUGAGCACACAGCCCUGGGGAGCUCUGUUGUUUAACACUACAGUAGAUAGGAGGAGACCACCAUUCUGAAGUGUCUGUUUGUGAGGAAGUCCAAUAUCCAGUCAUGCUCAGGUUCCUCAGUUCUCCAAUCAGUCUCAUGAUGGAGAUUUGUGUGGUUAAUGCGAGGAAGAAAUGACCAGCAUGGUGCCGCAGGGGGUGGUAUCUUCAGAUGUGUGAGGCUUGGGUUGAUCCAGUGGUAGCAACCUCCUCUGAGGAUCUGCUGGGGGCAGGCUGGAUGGUGAGGAUUUUGAUGUUCUGGAACCAGUUUUUCACAGUAGUUUCUCAUCAGGGUUGUAUUCUAAAACACUAAACCCUCGAAUUAUCUACCUUAAUUUCAAAAAUAUCGCACUGGAAUCAUUCAUAUUAGGCUUUUAUAGACAAUCAUGACCAUUUGUAUAAUAAUGAUUUUAUCAUGUUUCAUAUGCUUUGUCUGUCAUAUCAGAUGACACUGACCUGAGACCUGUUGUUUACUAAAACACCAAUAUCCGCCUUAUAGGGUCUGAUAAAGCCACUGGUUGCCUCUCGGACUCAAAGAUUAAACUUUUCAAGGCCAAAGGUGUUGAUCGUGUCCUUCAGUCAGAUCAUUAUUUUAUACAAUAUUUUUUUUUUUUUUUUCUACAUGGAUUUGGGAAAACCACAAUAACAACACUGAUUCUUUGGAUCAUUUUCUCUGUUAAGACAACUGUUUAUGAGACACGGAAAAGGAUAUAACAAGACACUAUGUAAAACAUCACUGAAGUAUUUUAAAUAAUAUGUGUUCAUCAUGCCUUAAAAUGUUGUUGAAGUUAUUGUAUGAAACUCUCCCGAAUGACAAUGAAAGGCUUCCUCUGCUUUCAGCUGGUCAAUGAAUGGGAACUUUUUGGUUCUCCUGAUUUGAAGUCUCUAUUACAGUGACACUUGCUACGAUGUAUUUUAAUGUUUAUUAUGAAAACUGUGUCUUGUCUUUGAAUAAUCUCAAUGGUUUAUCCUCAAUGGACAGUUAAACAACCCUACCAUAUUAGACUGAACAGCAUACCAUAUUAGACUGAACAGCAUAAGCCGUAAGGCAAGUUGUUAAAUAAUUCAAUCUAGUUGAUAUAAUAUAGCUACUAAACCUUAGUAAACUUUCUUGAAACUGGACCUUCAGGGCAAAUAACAGAAAAUCCAGCUUUGGGAUAUAACCUUGUUAACACUGUUUUACUCCCUAUAGAUAUGGAAGGUACAUUUACAAAAUAAAUAGGUUUACUUAAUACUUUAGUUAGCGCUUUCCCACUAGUCCAAACUAGUACAUCAGAAUUAAACCAUCAGAAAUAUUUGUGGUUAAAAUCCUGGAUAACUACUGACCAGUGGUUUCAAUGACGUAGGCGCGCUGCUGUAUCUGUAAAACGUUAUGAAAACGAUAGAUCUUGUUCUGUGCUCAUUUAAGCUGAUUUUAUAUAUUUCCCUAUCAGCUAAGAGGGUGUCCAAAUAGCACAGAUGUAUUAUAUGUUAACUGCAACAGUGCUUAAUAUAGUUAAUAUAUUUUGGCCACAUUUGUAUACGAUGUGUUCAUUUGGCUCCGCCCCCUGACAUUGGACCCAACCAAUGAGAUUAUUUGCUCUAAUGACCUCUGAUGGAUGGAAUGCUAUUUCUGCCUCUGGUGCAGAUCUGCUACUCAGAAUAUUUGAAAAAUAUAUUUAAAAAACUGAAUGAUUCUCAUAUGUUGAAGAACACUCCUGUAAUGUGUUUCUAAUGUACUGUAAUGUUCACAAUGCUGUGUCAUAUGUCGUGUUUUGGGAUUUCUUCAGAAACUUGCUGAU